GUAUAUAUAAAAUUAUAAACAUUUAGAAUAACUUAAAGAGUAAAUAGUACAUUUUAUUUUAUAAUGUCGUCUAAGAACGGUUCUUUUAGGCAUACAUUUACUGCUUAUACUUUAACUUAUUGAAUGUUCGCAUUGUUUGUGCAUGGGUUUCCUUUUCUGUACUGUUACCUCUGACGAUAAUCGUAUUAAUUGUUUUGUUAAAUAAAAAGGCCCUAAAGAAAAACAAAUUUCAAACCAGUUGAAAAAACGUUUUUCUUUACAAUUUAAUUAGUCUAUCUUAUGAUCUGGAACUAAAAAUGUGUAGUCAAGUUUAAGUUCAGUUUCGUCUCCGCCUGCUUCGCGCUGCAUCGUGGGAUUUUUUUUUUUUUUUUUGUAUAAUCCAACAUGGCGACCUCCUGCGGCAGAGCGUUGAGUAAGGUCGGAUGCACUUUACUGGGCUCUCCGGCGGUCCGUUUACUGUGUGUCGUGGGCUCUCAAGGAUCCAGGAGGUUAAUCGGUACCAGCUCGACUCAUUUCAAACCGGUACCAGCUAUGAGAGUACGAAGAAGUUUGGGUUUAGCUCUGGCUUUGGGUGGGGGUUUUGGUCUGUAUCAGGCUGUAAAGAUCAAGGCUCUGCAAGCUCAGGAAGAAGACACGACCCAGACUUCAGAUGGCACUUUAAAACUGACACUCUACCAGUACAAGACGUGCCCUUUCUGCAGUAAGGUGCGAGCCUUUUUGGACUUUUAUGGACUUCCAUAUGAGAUUGUGGAGGUAAACCCAGUGAUGAGGCAGGAGAUCAAGUGGUCUUCAUACAGGAAGGUUCCUAUCCUGAUGGUGAACAACAGUCUGCAACUAAAUGACUCAUCUGUCAUCAUCAGUGCCAUCAGGACUCAUUUAAUCAACAAAAACAAGAACAUGGCUGACAUCAUUCGUUGUUACCCAGAGAUGAAAUCUGUGAAUGACCGAGGAAAGGAAGUGACUGAGUACACAAACAAGUACUGGCUGAUGUUGGAUGAGGUUGACACUACUACUGUUUACCCUGAGAAAGAGAUACAGAAAGAGGAGAUGAAGUGGCGUCGGUGGGCAGAUGACUGGCUUGUACACCUUAUAUCACCAAAUGUCUACCGUACUACUGGUGAAGCCUUGGCCUCUUUUGACUACAUUGUUCAUGAAGGAAAAUUUGGGACCGUUGAAGGUUUCUUUGCCAAAUAUGUUGGUGCUGCAGCCAUGUUCUUUAUCUCUAAGAUGCUGAAAGCCCGACACAAUCUGCAGGACGAUGUGCGUCAAGAUCUUUACAAAGCUGUCAAUGACUGGGUGACAGCCAUUGGCAAAAAGAGGAAAUUCAUGGGUGGAGACAAUCCCAACCUAGCUGACCUGGCGGUGUAUGGUGUCCUCAGAGUAAUGGAGGGUCUUCAGGCGUAUGACGACAUGAUGUCCAACACCAAAAUCAAACAUUGGUACAGACGAAUGGAGAAGGCCACAACGAGUCACGAGGGGCAAUGCUGAAGCUAUGGACUGUCCUAGCCUCAAAUAUAAUGGGUGAAUGGGACUGACGUUUAUUCAUUCAGUUCCUACCCGAUUGCCUUUUGAAAUAAACUUAGAAUACGGUUAGGUUUCACUUUUUUGGUCUGACUCACAAGUAUCUGAAUGUAUAAAAGUUGGUUCCAUACGUUUUCCUUUUUGUUGAUGUGUCUGACUCAUUCAGAGUCAUUUUCAGUGAGAAAAAAGAACAUUAUAAAAAUUCACAUUCUGUCAUUGAUUUAGGAAAGUAAAAGAACUGUUAUGAAGUGCUUAAGUGUUAUGAUGUAAAACCAACUUUAAUGGGAAAAUGUAAAUUAAAAGAAUUAAAAAUCAAA